CCCUUCUGUGCCUGCUGUUAGUGGCAGUCUUGGGAACGUCGAUGAGCGCUCAACAUGGCGGGCGUGGAGCAAGAAGCCAUCCCCGUGGAGGAAAAACACCUGAACGGAGAGCUGCUUUUGGAGCCCGAGGAAAGAGAAAGCACCGGUGGGGUUGCCGCCGAUGAAAACGCCAAGAAAAAACGCAAGAAGAAAAAGAAAAGCAAAGGAGGAGCUGUCGGACAACAAGAGGCUGAAAAAGAGUUAGAGACAACACUAGAUGAGGUAGCAAACCAACUAGAUAAACAAACACUGGAAGAAAAGGAAAAAGAUGAUGACGAUGAAGAUGGUGAAGGAGACGGUGACAGUGCAGCAGGAAAGAAAAAGAAGAAAAAGAAGAAAAAGAAAGGACCAAAGCUGCAGACAGACCCACCAUCUAUUCCAAUAUGUGACUUGUUUCCCAGUGGGAUAUUUCCAAAAGGCGAAGAAUGCGAGUAUCCAGCAACGCAAGAUGGGAGAACAGCUGCUUGGAGGACUACAAGUGAUGAAAAGAGAGCGCUAGAUCAAGCAAGUGAAGAGAUCUGGAAUGAUUUCAGAGAGGCUGCUGAAGCACAUAGACAAGUGAGGAAAUACGUUAUGAGCUGGAUCAAGCCUGGAAUGACCAUGAUCGAAAUUUGUGAAAAACUAGAAGAUUGUUCACGGAAGUUGAUACGAGAAAAUGGCUUAAAUGCUGGGCUUGCAUUUCCCACAGGGUGUUCUCUGAAUAAUUGUGCAGCCCACUAUACCCCCAAUGCUGGAGAUCCAACUGUUUUGCAGUAUGAUGAUAUCUGCAAGAUAGAUUUUGGAACACAUAUUAAUGGUCGUAUCAUUGACUGUGCUUUUACUGUCACAUUCAAUCCAAAAUAUGACAGGCUCUUACAAGCUGUAAAAGAUGCAACUAAUACUGGAAUAAAGUGUGCUGGAAUAGAUGUUCGCCUCUGUGAUGUUGGUGAAGCUAUCCAGGAAGUCAUGGAAUCUUAUGAAGUUGAAAUUGAUGGUAAAACCUAUCAAGUGAAACCUAUUCGGAAUUUGAAUGGACACUCUAUUGGGCCAUACAGGAUACACGCAGGCAAAACUGUUCCCAUUGUGAAAGGAGGGGAAGCAACAAGAAUGGAAGAAGGAGAAGUAUACGCUAUAGAAACCUUCGGUAGCACAGGAAAGGGGGUUGUUCAUGAUGAUAUGGAAUGUUCUCAUUAUAUGAAGAACUUUGAUGUUGGACAUGUGCCUAUAAGGCUUCCAAGAGCAAAACACUUGCUGAAUGUUAUCAAUGAAAAUUUUGGUACUCUUGCCUUUUGCCGUAGAUGGUUAGAUCGUCUGGGAGAAAGUAAAUAUCUAAUGGCACUGAAGAACCUAUGUGACUUGGGUAUAGUGGACCCAUAUCCUCCCCUAUGUGAUAUUAAAGGCUCAUACACAGCACAGUUUGAGCACACCAUAUUAUUGCGUCCAAUGUGCAAAGAAGUUGUCAGCAGAGGAGAUGACUAUUGAAAUUUCAAAGCCAUUACCUCAUUUAUGUACUCUGUUGGAACAUGUUAUGCCAGAAUAAAUUUGCAGUCUGUUUUAACAGUCAACUUAAUGUGAUAACUUUCCAUGUUCAGAAGAAAAGAAUUUAAUCAAAGGCAAGUUCUCUAAUGUAACUAAGGAAAAAAACAGCUACUGGGGCUUCUAGAAUGUUUCAGAUUACUUCUAUAUUUUUCUUUUGUGAGAAAUAUGCUACAAAGUGUUAUUUUUAGUUUGGAAUGAGUUAUACAUAUUGUUUGAAAUAUUUCUGAAAAAAUGCUUUUCAGGUAUAUAUAUUAUCAUAUUCUUACUUGAAUGCUUUGAAUGAUCACAAAUGAUUUCUGCACCUAAGCUGUCUUUGCUGUUGCCUUUUAAACUGCCUGGAAUGCAUUUUGUAAAAUAAAUAAAUAAAUCACAAAUUCAAAUAGUUUUUAAAAGUGUCACAAUCCAAGGCAGUAACACACUGGAAAAUCUCUCCCAUUAAUCCACCUUUUGAUAGAAAAAGUUUCCAGUGUAAGCACAGCAAGCAAAUACAAAGUAUGCUUUAAUUUUAGCUGCAUUGUGUACGUUUUUAUUUUGCUUCAUUAUUUUGCUUUGAAUCAAAUUACUGGGUUUUCUUUCUGAUAUGCUUUAUAAUAGAGUGGGCUAGGACUAGCCAUUUUUCUUGCAGUGAAAUGCUGCAUUUUUUUAACCUUACAAGGGAUUUAAGAGAAGUAAAUGGUGAAUCAUGAUGGGCUGGCAUAGAAUUUGAGGGAAUUUUGAAGCUGCUUGACCUGGUUGUAAAAUUAAUUAAGCAGCACUGAAGGGGCAACAUAUGGUAAACCCAAGGCUGUAUUGUAGACUUAGAAUUUAAAAAAAAACCAAUGUAAAUACUUUUAUGGUAUUUUUAGAAAAUUGCAGUGGUGUAUCCAUGAAGUCAUGUGGAAUCAACUCAAAGGCCAUUUUAUUUUUUUGGCACUGUAUUGCUUAUUAAAAAGUACAGUGUUGUUACAACCCUCUCAAAUUCCAAGUGUGGGAUCUACUCACUUGGUGAAUUCUGGAGGCUACUACUGAAAUAGGCUAGUACGUUUAUUCUCUGCCAUUCCUGUAUGAUAAACACUAGCUAGUGUUUAUAGAAGCCUGUCUUAUAACAGGCUAUUUCUUCUAACUACAGUGUGAGCUUCUAUAUUUUUAACUUACUAGAAAUUUUUACUUAUAAAAGCUUGAUACAAGGAGUUCAUCUCCUAUGCAGUACAGUUGAAGCCAAUCAAAAUCACACAGAAUCAUUCUGUUCUUAACGUACAAAAAGUUUGAACCGUAGUGCUUUUUGUUCUAUUCAAACCAGGAUUAAUGGAACAU